GGCUAAACAAAAAUUUUAUCAUCACUUCUAAUACUCUUUGCAUAUUUCUCCUCUCUUUCCAUUCUUCUCACAACAUACCAUAUUGUAUGCAUCUUUUCUUUCAACUCCAUUGAUAGCUGACAUCAUUACUUGUUCCUCCCAUCUUCCCUAGCUACCUAAUUUCACACCAUCCCUCUUCUAAUUCUAAUCUCGAUACCAGUUUAUAAGGCUGUUAUACUUUGUCCCUUGACGAUUUUAGUUACCGAGUCUGAAAGUAACUUUGUUGCGGCGUCUGAACUUUGUCCCGUGACAUUAUUAGCUGCAGCGUGUGAAAGUAACCCUGUUACAGCGUGUGAAAGUAACGUUGUUGCAGCUUUUGGAAGAUAAUUUACUAAGAGUGACGUAAAUUAACAGAUUUUGUGAGAAUUUUGAGGAUUGAAUUGAAGAUUCAACAUAUGAUGAUGACUACGAGAUUAAUGCAACCUUUAAUGUGCAAACAAAAAUUGCCUUUGUUGCACAUUCCAAGUAGUGGAGGGAUUGACCUGCAAAUCCUGCAGCGGCGGCCGGAGAAGGGGAAAGUUGUGGUGGUGUUAGGGGCUACCGGCGCCGGAAAAUCAAGACUCUCCAUCGAUCUCGCCACCCGGUUCACGGCGGAGGUGGUGAACUCCGAUAAAAUGCAAGUUUACCAAGGAAUGGACAUAGUGACGAACAAAAUCACGGAGGAGGAGCGGAAUCACGUGCCCCACCACCUCCUCGGAGUGAUCGAACCGACAAAGAAUUUCACGGCGACGAAUUUUUGCAGCAUGGCGUCUCGGACGAUAAAUUCGAUUUCGGGUCGGGGCAACCUGCCGGUCAUCGCCGGCGGGUCGAAUUCGUUCAUCGAGGCGCUGGUGGACGAUUGCCGGUUUAAAACAAUGUACGAUGUAAUGUUUUUGUGGGUCGACGUGGCGAUGCCGGUGUUGCACGCGUUCGUGUCGGAGCGCGUGGAUCGGAUGGUGGAGCAGGGGAUGAUCGAGGAGGCGAGGAAAAUGUUCGACCCGAAAAAUGCGGACUAUUCGAGGGGUUUAAGGAAAGCCAUCGGUGUCGGAGAAUUCCACCGAUAUUUCCGGGCGGAACCCACCGCGAACGCCGACACACGCGCCAGGCUGCUGGGAGAAGCCAUCGACGCCGUUAAAAUCAACACGUGCCAGUUGGCCUGUCGCCAGCUGGAGAAGAUCCAACGGCUCAGGAACGUGAAAGGGUGGAAGUUGCACCGCGUGGACGCCACGGAAGUUUUCCGGCGGCGGGCCAGCGGCGUCGCCGGCGACGACGCGGAGGAGCUGUGGGAGAAUCUGGUGGCGGAGCCCAGCGCCACCAUCGUGACAAGAUUCCUUCACGACUUUGGGCCACUAAUUUAUGCCGACGUGACAUCCAUUAGACCUGCCGUGAUGGGCAGGGCCAUGGUAGCUGCAACUCACUAGAGAUUGUAACUCAUGAUUGCGACUCCCAAGCAUCAAUACCCCUUAUGAUUUCUUACCAAGAAUAGGAUAAGGUGAGAACCAUGCCCAUAAAAAGAUGCGGACUAAUAUUAACUCUCGAUAUGGAAACGACCGACUACUCUAAAGUGACGGGAAAACACACUCACUAUUUGGUAAAUAUUACGGUACAAACUUUUCACUGCUUAAAAUCCACUAAGCAUAACUGCAAAGUGCACCCUUAAAGUCCACUAAGCAUAAUUGCAAAGUGCACUGAGCAAAAUUACAGAGUACAUCCAAUGAUACAUGGAAGUGCACUGAACCUUUCCGACUCUGAUCUAAAAGUGGGCCCAACGAUAUAUAAAUGUGCACUCAGACGUGCGAUUGCACUUUUACAUAUCCUUGAGUUUACUGGUUGCACUUUGUUAUAUUGCUUGGUGGAUUUUUAGCGUUUAAAAUUUUGGAAUAUUUACCAAAAUAUUAUUGUAUUUUUCUCCUUACUUUAGAGUCGUUGAUCAUCCUGAACCGACGACUAACAUUAGUCCGUGUUUUUUACCUAAGAACUUGUUCUCACGUGAACUCAGCCCUUUAUUACUAUACUUAUUAUCCCAUUAAAUUAAAUAUUAUUUUUGUAUUUGUAACAAUCAAUUUUGGGAAGUUUGGAUAGAACAUAGUAUGGUAAGUGUAAUAAGCACAUAUAUUGUAAAACAUACAAUGUUUUAUGUUUUGACGUUUUGAAAGUGUUUAAUAUAAUUUGAUGUUCUUUUGAAUAA